AUGAAACGAGCACUAUCGGCUCUCGUAGCCUACGCAUCCUCAGAUGAAGAAAGUCCUUGUGUCGUCCAACCUAAAGGAACCUGCCCGGAUCCUCCUCCCAAAAAAAGAAAGAAAUUACCACCUCCGUCCUCCACAAUUACUAUUCCAUCCCCAGUGGACAACCCGGCUCUUCAUCAGGGCCGAAUACGGACAACACCACAUGUAGAGGGGCAAUUUGCUGCACAUGUGUACGUCUCAUUACCCCUAGGUCGCAAUUCAAUGCUGUACAAGGUUGUUCAAGCUAUUCUUUACGAUGCCAAGAAAGCUAUACCAGCUCUGCACGAGAUAUGGACUUCUCAACAACGCCCUGAACUCCAUAUUUCUUUGUCGCGGCCCAUCUUCCUCCGAGCUCACCAGAGAGAGGACUUGAAAAGGGCUGUGAAAAAAGUUGCAAAUAGGCAUAGAGCGUUUACUGUAUCGUUCGCGAUAUUAUCGGAGCUGAUCAACGAUGAGAAAACCAGGACAUUCUUGACCAUGGAAGUAGGAGCUGGACAUCACGAGCUACGUUCUUUAACGGAUGCAAUUGCUCCCACACUGGAAGCUAUUCGCCAGCAAACAUAUUACGUCAAACCUAGAUUUCACGCCUCCAUCGCUUGGGCACUUCUGUGUAGCUCAGAUCACGCCGAAGGACAUCGAGCAAUCCCCUCUGUCUCGAAUGUUAGUUCUUUCCCAGAGACUAACGCUUCUCUAAAUGAGGAUUUCCCUUCCAUCAAAUGUUUACCACCCGAAACUGUGAUAACUCUCAACGAGCGCUACGCCUCACAGAUUUCAUCCCCCAACGUAGGAGCUUUUGAAGCCAACGCUGUUACUCUUAAAAUCGGAAAAGAUAUUUCGACCUGGACUUUGAUUGGACCGUGA